CUGACCCAAACAAUCAGCACUCCUGACUCAUUAGCUGUCCCCCGUCCCACCAAAUUGUCCUUAAAAACUUUGAUUCCCAAAUGCUGGGGGAGACUGGUUUGAGUAAUAAAACUCCGGUCUCCUGCACAGCUGGCUCUACGUGAAUUACUCUUUCUAUAUUGCAAUUUCCCUGUCCUGAUAAAUAAGCUCUGUCUAGACAGCGGGCUAGGUGAACCCAUUGGGUGGCUACAAAUUGUGUACCCAAGCAACAAAAGUAACAAUUUGGGAAGUAUUUGAAGCUCACUGACCAGAAUUUCUUUAACAAUUUUGGUCUAUUCAUUUAUUCAUCCAUUCAUGUAACCACUAUUAUUGUGUAUCAGUAACUGAUAUUUACUCAGAACGUUAAGAACAUUAUUCAUCUUGACAUGCUAAAUCAUCUGAGUUACUGAAAAUGGGUAUAUUAGGUUUCUUACAAAGAAGUUGCUUGGAUUUAUAAAAUAUGAGGCAGUUGACCUGAGACAAGGAAGUAGAAAGUGGUUCAUGUACACACUUUUCAUUUUUCACUUUGAACCCAGAACACCUGCUACUCCAGGCCAGAAAUUCAAGCUCUGCGCAGCUAGUUCUGCCUCCAGUCGUAGGGUAGCAAGCCCACCAAGCAUCCAGGAAAGAUGGUCUGAAAACCUUCUUUCUUGCGAUUUCAGGAGGGCAGCAGAAUUUGGGGACCAGAUCUCAGCAAGCCUGCAGGGCGACAGGAAGAAACAAGGAAAGGAUGAAUGGGCAAUGAAGCCAGCACAGGGCGGGGAGCUCGUCCUCUCCAACAGCGAUUCCGCCGGCUUUAGCUGUGCGACCUGGGGUGGGGCGCUUCUUAAGCCUGACCUCCUAAUUAGGGGGCACAAGUCUUUCUCGAGGGAAUGCUGAGAGGCUCUUAUGGGAAAACGUGGGUAAACGUUUUAACUUAGCUAAGAACCUGGCCCACGGUAAGCCUUUAAUAUGUAGUUAUUUUUCAAUGGUGGUGAUUACCAUCGCCAUUAAUGUUUUAUAUUUGUAAUCACCACUGCCACGACCAUCACCGACCUCUUUUACGCCUCCACGGGGUUCCCCACCUCUCAGCCUGGCAGCUCCGGGCUCUGGUGACUCAUUCAUUUCCUGGAAGCCCUCUAGGCAGCACUUUCCUCUCCAGAGUGACUCCUUCUCCGAAGGCAGGGAUCCCCUCGGAAACCUUUCUCUCUCCGUCUCACUUUCUAACCAAUCUCUUAUUCCCGAGUCCAAACUAAGACACUCGCGCCUCAGACAGCCAGCGGCUCGGGCGCCUUACCCGCACGCCUCUGCCUCCUGGAGGACGCGGGCGGCAGCGCCCCUGGCGGGCCGCGUAAACCGGCUUCCACUCGGCGGCCCGCGCCCUGACAGGCCCCCCCCGCGCCCCGCCCAGCUCCCGCCGCGCUCUAGCUGCCCAGCCACAUCUGCCUCUGCCUUCCACCCCGCGGGACCAUGUCGAGGCUCAGCUGGGGAUACGGCGAGCAUAACGGUCCUAUUCAUUGGAAUGAAUUUUUCCCUAUUGCUGAUGGUGAUCGGCAAUCUCCAAUUGAGAUUAAAACCAAAGAAGUGAAAUAUGAUUCUUCCCUCCGACCACUUAGUAUCAAGUAUGACCCAAGCUCAGCUAAAAUCAUCAGCAACAGCGGCCAUUCCUUCAACGUUGACUUUGAUGACACAGAAGACAAAUCAGCUCUACAUGGUGGUCCACUCACUGGAAGCUACAGGUUACGGCAGUUUCACCUUCACUGGGGAUCCGCUGAUGACCACGGCUCUGAGCACGUAGUAGAUGGCGUAAGAUAUGCUGCGGAGCUCCAUGUUGUUCAUUGGAAUUCAGACAAAUACCCCAGCUUUGUUGAGGCAGCUCAUGAACCAGAUGGACUGGCUGUCUUGGGAGUGUUUUUACAGAUUGGUGAACCUAAUUCCCACCUGCAAAAGAUUAUUGACAUUUUGGAUUCCAUUAAAGAAAAGGGUAAACAAACUCGAUUCACAAAUUUUGACCCAUUAUCUCUACUUCCACCAUCCUGGGACUACUGGACAUAUCCUGGUUCUCUUACAGUUCCACCUCUUCUUGAGAGUGUCACAUGGAUUAUUUUAAAGCAACCUAUAAACAUCAGCUCUCAACAGCUGGCCAAAUUCCGCAGUCUCCUGUGCACAGCGGAGGGUGAAGCAGCAGCUUUUCUGUUGAGCAAUUACCGCCCACCACAGCCUCUGAAGGGCCGCAAAGUGAGAGCCUCUUUCCGUUAAAAGUUGUCACCAGUGAACUCCCCAAAAUAUGGCUGUGGAGAGGCAAUGAAGCAAAACAAAACACAAAAGUCUCUGCCAACAGCUUCUUUGUAGAAUUCUAAUUUAUGGGAACCAUUUUACUGUCAGCUUCAGUGUCACAAAGAAACACAAAGUAAACCAGAUCUCUCUCUCCUUUUCUGUUUUUUCAGUGAUAGGGUCUCACUCUCUCACUCAGACUGGAGUGCAGUGGUACGAUCUUGGCUAACUGCAGCCUCCAGCUCCUGGACUCAAGUGAUCUUCACACCUCAGCAUCCAGAGUAGGCAGAACCACAGGCAUGCACCAGCACACCUGGCUAAUUUUUUAAUUUUUUUUUUUUUUUUUUUUUUUAGAAAUGGGGUCUUGCUAUGUUGCCCAGGCUGGUCUCAAGCUCCUGGCCUCAAGUGAGCCUCCUGCCUUGGCCUCUCAAAGUGCUGGGAUUUCAAGUAUGGGCCAUCAUGCCCAGCUGACCUAGAUCUCUUUGCUAACUUGUCUGUCUCAUAUUUGCAUUAAUGGAUAUUCACAGUUAAGAAUUGUUUGACAUAUACUAAAACCCAUGAAAUAUGUCUACUUCAACCUGCAUGAAAAUGUGGUCAACAUUGCAAACUUCAGACUGUAUUAAAAAUUUUAUCUUACCAUAGAGACUGAAUUAGUCACAGCUCUCAGUGAUGUUAGGUGGAAAUUUAAAUUUAUAUCUCAGAUGAUAGGACUGUGAUGCUUUUUUCAAAACAAGUGAUUCUGCUUGUUUUGUAAUAUUUUGUAAUUCCAAUUCAUAAAAAGUAGAUUAUGUCUUCUUAUAAGGUGAAUUUUUGCAGUGAUUAUGUUGCUAACUCUCAUUGCAUGAUACCUUUAAUAAAAUGAACAAUGUAAGAGUUAAGGGCAAUGGGACAAGGCUACUUAAUGUGUCUCCUCCACUGAUCAAAAAUAUUCCAUAUAGUCUUGGUGAGGAAUUCCUCAGGAUAUAAAUGCCUAUUUUUACACUGUAAUGAAUUAUACCAUAUAUAAUAUUCACUCAGUAAUGUUAAUAAUGAACUGGCUAGUAAUUGACAAGAUACAAUGCCUGCCAGUUUAUGACAUUAACAUGGUUUGAAAAUAACAUAUUACAUAGUACCAGUGGAGUCAGAGCUGCUCUCAGGCAUGAUGAACAUGUUGCCCGUUUUUGCCUGGUGUUUUGGCAGCAAAGCAGGAAGCAAUCUUGUGUGGGUCAUUGUUCUGUCAAUUUCUGGAAAAAAUUACUUGAGUCUCAUAUAAAUAUACAAUGGGUCCAUGAAUCCUUCAACCCAUUUCCAUGGCAAAACUCACUUUUCCUUUUAUACAUGUCCCUCAGUCUCUUAAUUUUGUCAGGUGGAGCUUGAUCUUAAUUUUUAACCUGUGAUUUUUAAUUUUUGUUUGUUUUUGUCGAAGGAGGAUAAGAGUGGUGUUUCUUUUGUCCUUUCUGGUACAAAUGGAGGGACUUAAUAACCACAUUUAAGACUUGAACACAUAUAACACUUUUGUCAUCUUCUAACAUAAGUUUGCCUGCAUUUCCUUGAUUUUGAUGAUUUGUUUCAUAUAACUCUCUUCCUCUGGAUGUAGAUUUUUUUUUCUUUUAGACAGAAUCUAACUCUGUCACUGAGGCUAGAGUGCAGUAGCAUAAUCUUGGCUCACUGCAACCUCCACCUCCCAGGAUGAUUCUCCUGCCUCAGUCUCUUAAGUGACUGGGAUUACAGGCACAUACCUCCACACCUGGCUAAUUUUUGUAUUUUUAGUAGAGAUGGGGUUUUGCUAUAUUGGCCAGGCUGGUCUCAAACUCCUGACCUCAAGUGAUCUGCCCAUCCCAGCAUCUCAAGUUGCUGGGAUUACAGGCAUGAGCCACCAUGCCUGGCCUGAAUGUAAAUUUUAAUAAUUGAACUUAUUCUUCAAUGUUCUUCUUGAUAGAAUAACUGAAUAUCAGUAUAUUGUGUAACGAUGAUGUAUUCUGUUACAUAAGGUGAGCUCCUGAAGAGUGAAGCUGAUAUUUUAGUCAAUAUUCUUUUCCCCUCAGUGUCUAGUUUGAGGCCUUUUACAAGAUUGAUUUGAAGCAAUUAUUUAAUGAAUUAAAUAUUUAAAAAUUUUUUAUUUGCUAUCUUUGGCAAUUCUCUCUCUGUUUGAAAUAAAAUGCACUACAAGUUAAUAUAACAAGUAAAAUACAUCAUCUUUUGAAAAUAGUUUCUUUUUAAAGGAAUACUCAUUAAUUGUAACUUACAAAACCAAAAGUUUUAGAACAAUGGUUUUCAAAAACCAGCGUUGAGUGGAAAAUUGUUUCUUUGGUUUGGUAAGACCUGUGGAGCAUCCUAGUCAGGG